UGACAGCGCCACCGCCACGCCUCGUAUCGCAGAGGACGGACAGACAGGAGGAGCGAGCUGAUACCUGAUACCUGAAAAGAGGGUUCAUAGAUUCAAGGGUUUUUUAUAUUUGGAAACCUGGCUUUUUUGUGGCGACGCGCUGCCUAUUUUUUCUUAUCCAGAAACAGAGAAGGAACGGGAGAGAUGUCGGAGGGGAAGGAUCCUAUCAAUGACGAGGCGGCGAGGGAUGCUGCUGCUAGUAUAGCUAAGGCUUUCCAACAUGUUCAGGCCGGUGAGGAAGCGGCGAGACAGGCGGAGGAGAGGUUGAGUAGGUUGGAGGCGAAGAUUGAGGAGUUGCUUGCUAGUGCGGAGGCGGGGUUGGAGGGGAAGGGGGUGGUGGAAGAGUUGGGGAGGGUGGCGGAGGAGUUAAAGGGGGUGGAGGAGGGGGUUAAGAGGGGGGAGGGGGGGAAGUCGUGA